CUGGCCGGCACGCGGGGGCGGGGCUGCGCAGGCGCGGCGGGGCGAGCGGCGCGGCCAGUCGUGGGUGCGCGAAGGGCGGUGGCAGCGACGCGGGGGCCCCGCAGCCGGGACGGGCCGGUGCGGGCCGCCAUCCCGGGCGGCGCGGCACAAGCGAGAUGGAAGAGUUCAUGGUUUCUGGUUUGCAUAAUAGCAGAGACUGAGUAGGCAUAAAGGAGACUAGCGUGUGGGUGAGAAGUGUCAAGCCCCUUGCAAGGCUUUGUACUAUAACAAAGAAGAAAUGAAUCCUAUGAAUGAUGAAACAGUGCUCGGCUCCAUAUUUGACUGGGACUAUCUGUUAUGGGAAGUUCGGCUGACAUUUCUAGCUGUUGGGUUUUUAAUCUACCUGGGAGUUUUUCUUCUGUCUCACUGGCUGUCUUCAUGGAUAAGUACCACUUAUCGUGCCUUGCAUGCGAAGGAGAAGGUGUUUUGGAAUAUGGCGGUCACACGUGGUGUGUUUGGAGUUCAGAGCUGUGUUGCUGGUUUAUGGGCUUUGCUCAUAGAUCCCGUUUUUCAUGCUGACAAAGUAUAUUCGCAGCAAAAGUGGAGCUGGUGUAACUGUUUAAUAGCUGCUGGGUUUUUUUUGCUUGAAAAUGUAGCUGUUCACUUGUCCAACAUUGUUUUUAGAACAUUUGAUGUGUUCUUAGUAGUUCAUCAUUCCCUUGCUUUUGGUGGCUUGGCUGGUCUAGUAAUUAAUGUAAAAUCUGGACAUUAUCUACCUUUGAUGGGAAUGUUGCUGGAGAUGAGUACUCCCUCAACCUGCAUUUCCUGGAUGCUUUUAAAGGCUGGCUGCGCUAAUACCUUCUUCUGGAAGGCAAACCAGUGGGUAAUGAUCCACCUGUUUCACUGCCGCAUGAUUCUUACUUAUCACAUGUGGUGGGUGUGUAUUGCCAACUGGAAUUAUGUGAUGGAAAAUCUGGGACUUCUUCAUUUUAUUGUUUUAUUUUCGGGAUUAUUUGCAGUCACACUAAUACUUAACCCGUACUGGACAUACAAAAAAACUCAGCAGCUUCUCAGCCCAACUGACUGGAACUUUGAAAAUAAAGCAGUGGAAAAUGGAAAAUUAAAUGGUGAUGCAUAUCAAAAGAAGAGGAUAUAACACUGAAACGACUGUCUCCUAAGAUAAUAGUAGAAUGCUGCAGAAGAAUACAACGCAAAGUAAUUCUUUGUCCAUGAACAGAAGCAUUUGCAAGAAGCUCGUUAACACAAUGAUUCCUUGCUGUUAGUAUUCUAUGCAUCAGAAGUAUUUAAAAGCAUUGUCUGUAUUUAAUAUAUACAUACACAUGAGAUCCUUAACAUCUUAGUUAAGGAUUAUGCCAGCAGUUUUUUCAGGUUGGGCAGUAUUUCAUGAUUUAGCAAUGACAGCCUCUCUAAUGGUGUCUUUUGUCUUAACACUUUCAUGUGGCUUUAUAGUUAAUUUGUCUAUUAAGCUUAACUUCCAUCAAGUUUAGCAUGAAUCCCAUGGAGAUACUGAUGCUGAUUAUGUUAGGAAGCUUUUUAAAAUCAUUUAUGACCCAAGUUAGGUAUGCAUAGGUACCUAGUUCCUGUGUGCCAUUAAAUCAUUCUGAGUGGUUGAACUGGUUAUGUUACAGAAAGCAGUUGUAGCUGGGCUUUUGUUGAUGGUUUUUUUCUGUUUAAGUGCACUUGAGGAAAAGGAAGAUGAUCAUUAGAGCAUUUGCUGUCAGGGUGAGAUACAGUUUCUAAGUUGCCCUCAGACUGGGAGGAGUUCGUAUCUACCACAAAUGUUCAUGUGGUAAGGAGUGGGGAUGCAGACCUUUAUUAUGCUGGUGGGCUAGCUAGGUAAUCAUAAUGGUUCUUUCUGGAUUGGAAAUCUGUGAAAUCUAGGAGUUAAUGAUAAAACUUUUGGCUCUGUUUCAUCCUUGAAAGGCUUGCUGGUUGAUGGGUGAAAAUAUUCUUAUUGUUGGUCCCAGGUGGACAGUCAUGCAGUUCAUUCCACUAGCGCCCCUGUUAUGGUUCUUCUUUUGUUUUGGAAAUCCUGUUACAGAGGCUUUUAGAAUCUGGGGUGACUCCUCUUUAGAGGAAAACUCAUGUAAUGUCACUUAGAAGUUCAGUUGUUCUUUUAGUAUUUUUAUUUUACUUUGGAGAACAUAUGAAGUGAGGCAAACAAUCCUUUGCACUUUAUCUACCACAGCUCUAAACUUUUCCUUGACCUAGGGAACAGAGUUGUUUUCUAGAUAGGGGCUUGGCAAAUUAUGGUGGAUGUUCUCCCACAAACGGUGUUGGUCUGGUCGUUCCUGGCUGAAAUUUUCUGUUGAAAGAUCAUGAUAAGAAAGAGUGACACCUGGUGGCAAGAGAGUGUCGUAAAGAUAUUGGUUCUAAUGCACUAAAUUAGUGAUAUAAACAGCCCAUCAUCUGAAACUUUCUUUUUUAUAAAAUGGCAUGACUGCUACAUAGUUAAUAAAUUUAUUUUCCAAAGUAAAGCAAGUCUUGAGCAAGUAAAGUCUUGAGCAAGCCCUGUGAAGAAUUUUAGGUCAAGGCACAUAUUAACUAGAGGCUUUGUGUAUUGAUCUGUGGUAGGAGAUACCAUUUUAACUGUGUGGAAAACACUGCAUUUGGUGUAAAUAAGCCCAUUUUAUUUAUUUUGGUUGUGGGUGUGUUUGAUUUUUUUCAGAAUAAAUGCGUGAAAAUAGUGGUCAUGUUACUGUGUUCCCUAAUUCUUUGCUUGAGUAUAGAGGAAGAGUUGCCCUGUAAGGGAGAGAAAACUUUUUGCCAUUAGGUCACAAAUUGAUAGCCAAAUCAUGUUGAGAGUGACAAAGUGGUGAUUAUCUGAAAUCUGAUCAUUCAGAAUUAGGCUGAGAAGGUCAUAGUAAUUUUACAUAGUCACACUCUCUAAUACCCUGCAGAUAUUUGGUACAGAACAUUUAAUUUUGUGUGGCCUUCUUAUUUCCAGGCAGGAGAAAAUGAGGUCACACUAUUUUGGCAUUAUGGUCUGUGUGGAUGCUGUCCUGUAGAAAAAAGGUUCUCCAAAGCUGGGAAUCGCGUACUUCUCCUGAGGAGUUGUAUGUGAGGGAAUAAUAUCAAAAGUGCUUUAGAAGAAAGCAGAGGAUAAAUUCCUGAGAAACAGUUCCCAAAUAUGUCAUCCACAUGCAUAUCUCAGAGAAUCCAAACCCCACUUCCAUGAAUUCCAGAGGGGAAAGGUGGAGGGUAAGUCACCAGGUAUCAAGAUGAUGAUACAGUCUAUGCAACUUAGAAUUUAAAGGUCUGGAUUCAAUGGAACAAGGUAAUAGUAAUAGAAAUUCUAGCUGGAGCAUUACAAAGAAUCCUAACAUAAAAUGGAAACAUCAGAACAGAAAUAAGUUUGGGCCAAGUAUGGAAUUUUUUUGGUGGCUGCCUAAAGGAGGUGAAGUUUGCAUGUGCUGAAGUAAAACAGUUGGAAGGUUUGGGGUGAGUAAAUUUGGGGCUGAAAAAAGAGAUUGUGUGGUCUGAGCAGACAGAUGGAUAGUUAUCUCAAUGGCACCAGACAUCUAAGAUUUUUUUUUUGGCAUUAUUAAUUUACAAUGUUCUUCUUAAGUGGAUUUUAAAACUUGCAUUAAAGGUGUUUUUGAUCAGAACAUGGCUUUUUUUUAAUGUUUAUCUUAGUGUGAGUUGUUUCAGGUAAAGAUCAUUAUGAUAUAUCUCUAAAACCUUUUCAUGUCUUAGUAUUUAAUGAGAAAUAGCUAACAGCACCUGUUAACCCAAGCAGCAUAUGCUGGAACAAGAGAACUAUCCAAUAAAGCAAAUAACAGUAUUUAUUUUCUAUUUAUGUUAAUUUGGGCAGAGAGGGGAUUUUACAGUCCAGCUAGAAAUACAACAGGACAUAAAAAUACAGGCAACCUUUCUUCUUCAUCCUGAUGGUCCGACUUUGGAGUUACCAGUUCUGUUAUGCUAAACCUGUUUUUCUACUCCAUUUUUUUGUUCCAUGACUUUUUGUUGUUCCUUUCAGGAAUCAGUUUAUGAUUGUUGGUGAUUCUGUCUCAUUGCUCUUAAACAAGAUUGAAAAGCUCUCUGAGGGUUGUUGUCUAAUUACUCUUAAAACUGACUACUGCAUUUCAACCCAACCUAGACUAGGCAUAAUUUGUUUAUAAACUUUGAUAACGUGAAAGUAAUCCCAGUCUUGUUGGGCUUCUAUUAUAAGAGUUCAUCCACAAUCUAAGGGAGAAAAAUUCACCAUCAACUUCAGUGACAGCUGGAUCAGGUCACAGCAUGUGCUGCUGCCAUGUUUUGGAAAACUUUUGCAUCAUAUGUUUUUGGGUGAAUUUUUUGAUUGUCUAGGUGAUUCUUAAAGACUUCAUUGUGCUUUCUUGCUGAGCAGGCUUACUUAAAUGCUGCUUGUAUCACCUUUCUUGCUGAUGCUUCAUGUACAUUUUUUUUUCUUUUUUAACUAAUCCAAAAUACCCUAGGCAGGCAUCUGGUUCUAAUUGUCUUCAUAGAGCAUUCCUAAAUCAUGGUGUUUGCAUUCACCCUCAAUUUUGUCCAGUGUCUUCUGGUUUUUUGGGUUUUUUUCCCAAAACUUACUCCAGUCAUUCAUUCAUUCCAUUCAUCCUCUCUCUCUGUCUCUCUCGUCUCUCUCUCUCUCUUUUUAAUAUCUACUCUUACCUAUGGUACUAGUCAUGAUUUUGCAGCAGUCACAUUACUACAAUGAUGCCUUUGUCUAAUUGCUCCCUGCAUGCACUUUUGCGCCCUUCUGUUAAAUAUCUGUGUCCAAAUCUUUCCAUCUUUUUUUCCUGAUAACACUGUUAAAAUAUUAGGCAUCAUGUACAGUUGUAACAGACACCUCUCAACCUCAGGAAGACUCCCACUUGAAGUGAAUUUAGAGACAUUAAUGAACUAAUAAAUUCGGUUCUUUUCCUUGUACAAUGUAACAUUUGUUAAAUGGAUCUUUACAUUGUGUGCAUAAAUAAAUAUAAUUUAUUGAAUAA